CAGGAGCGCGCCAAGCGCUCCGACCUCCAGGCCUCGCACGAGGCCCUCUCGCGCGAGCUCACCGCCGCCAAGUCGCAGGAGCUCGCCCAGCGCAAGGAGCUCUUCCUCGCCUCGGACGAGCUCUCCGCCCUCCGCCAGCGCCACGAGCGCGAGAUCGCUGACCUUCAGGCGGACCUCCGCCGCAAGGACCGCGAGCUGCGCGAGGCCGCCGAGGACCUGCGCGUGUGCCAGGGCGACCUCGACCGCGAGCGCGAGACGGUCCGGGCGCUCAAGGCGACCGUCGCGCAGCAGGCGACCGCGCAGCUCAGCCUCACGGCGCAGAUCGGCGCGAUGCAGGCUGAGAAGAGCGCGGUGCAGGCCGAGUACGAGCGUACGGUGGGGAGCAGGGCGGACCUCGCGCUGCAGCUCGAGCGCGCGCUCAAGCGGUGCGAGGAGCUCGAGCGCGAGGCGCGCGAGGGCGAGAGCGUACGGCGGAAGCUGCACAAUAUGGUGCAGGAGCUCAAGGGGAACAUCCGCGUGUUCUGUCGCGUGAGGCCGAUCCUGAGGUCGGACAUCCUCCCGCUGCGGGAGGCGAGGCUGCGCGAGGAGGCGAUGGCGCAGCUCGCAUACCCGGACAGGCUCGACCACAAGGAGAUCGUGGUGAGCGCGUCGAGCGAGAGCGCUACCGGGCAGGAGCGCAAAGAGGAGUGGCAGUUCAGCUUCGAUAGGGUCUUCGAGCCGCACGCGACGCAGGCCGAGGUCUUCGAGGAGAUCUCGCAGCUUGCGCAGAGCUGUACCGACGGCUACAACGUCUGCGUGUUCGCGUACGGCCAGACUGGGUCCGGCAAGUCGUUCACCAUGGAGGGCGGUCCGACGGACACGACCGCGGGGAUGAUCCCCCGCGCAGUCGAGCAGGUCUUCCGCGUCGCGGACGAGCUCAAGAGCAAGGGCUGGCAGUACAAGAUGGAAGGCCAGUUCCUCGAGAUCUACAACGAGACGAUCAACGACCUCCUCGGCAAGGGCGAGUUCGACAAGAAGAAGCACGACAUCAAGCACGACCCGAAGACGGGCCGCACGACCGUCACCGACGCGAACGUCGUCCCGCUCUCCUCGCCCACGCAGGUGCGCACGCUCCUCGCGCUCGCGCAGGGCCGGCGCACGGUCGCGGCGACGCUCAUGAACGAGCGCUCGUCGCGCUCGCACUCGGUGUUCACGCUCCGCAUCCGCGGCGAGAACGCGCUCACGGGCGAGAGCUGCGAGGGCAGCCUGAACCUCGUCGACCUCGCGGGCAGCGAGCGGCUCGAGAAGAGCGGCGCGGGCGGCGACAGGGAGCGCCUGCGCGAGACGCAGAGCAUCAACAAGAGCCUGAGCGCGCUCGGGGACGUCAUCGCCGCGCUCGGCGAGAAGGGCGAGGGCAGGGGCGACAAGCACAUCCCGUACCGGAACUCGAAGCUCACGUACCUGCUGCAAAACUCGCUCAGCGGGAACUCGAAGACGCUCAUGUUCCUCAACCUCUCGCCGCUCGCGACGCACCUCAACGAAUCUCUGUGCUCACUGCGCUUCGCGACCAAGGUCAACAACACCUCCAUCGGCACGGCAAAGAAGCAGUCCGCGAAGCACGCAGCAUAA